CGCCCGGCUCGGCGGCUCCGGCGGCGGGGCGGGACGGGGCGGGACGCGCUGCGAGCCCGGCGGCAGCGCUCGGCUGCGGCCGCUUCCCCGCGCUCCCCGCCGCACCGGCCGUGGGCCCCGAGGUGGCAGCCGCGACCUCCCGCAUGGAAGCAUUGCUGUGUACCCUUGCUGGAGAGCGGCAGAGGGGCGAAAAGAUGGAACGGAGGUGGGGGAAGACGACCCAGGCCCGGAGGAACCUCUUUGGCCCUGUAGACCACGAGCAGCUGCAGCAGGACUUCCAACACAUGCUGCGCAGCAGCAUCGAGGGAGCCCAGCAGAAGUGGAACUUCGAUUUCCUCCGGGACGCACCGGCCGAGGGGCUUCUGCAGUGGGAAGAGCUCGAGGGCCACCAGGUGCCCGCCUUCUACCACAGCUGCAUUGUAGGGGACAGUCGGAGACCCCUGCAGCACUUGAACUGGGCCCUGGGCAGGGAGGACAAGAUUCACCACUUUGCCCAGGUGACACUGACUGAGAAACCCAAAACUUCAAAGAAAACAGGGGGCAAGAGGAGCCCAGAAGGGAAAAAAAGAAGACAGACAUCUCUGACAGAUUACUACUCAGCAAAGAAGCGAGUCAAAACGAAUACACAAGCUGAUGCAAAGAAGUCAACUUCUUGAAUGUGAACACAGGAUUGUUCUGCACCGGGGAGGUUAGGGACAUCUGCCAAGUUGCCUCGACGCUCAGAAACUGUGCGCAAGCUGUGGACACUUAGGGGCAUCACACAGAAAGAUACUCAUGGCAGCAGCAAUGAAAAGUCUUCUGGCACACAGAAACUUUCAUUGGAAUGGGGUCAGGUCAAAUCAACUGGAAUCACUUUGAUGAGAAAUGACUGGCCUUAAAAACUGCUGGUAAGCAAACUGGGGCACUACAGCAAUCAGCUAAGGCUAGCAGUUUAACAUGCAUUAAAAAUAAUUCUACAUGAGAAAGUGGUAAACAGUUAUAGCUGUAUAUGUGUAAUAAUGUGCUUGGACAUGUCACUGUACAGGUGGAGCCUUUCAUUGUUCUGUCUUUACACAGCCUCUGUCUUGGUUUUAGCAGUGAUGCUUAAAAUUUUCACCAUCUCAGUUUUACAGGUCUGACAUACAAAAAGGUUCCUGACUCUUCUAUGAUGUUUUUCAGGUAUAGAAUAUACUCCUGUUUUGUGCUUGCAACUAUUUGGGGCAUAAACAACAGAAUUUAGAUGCCAAAUGUACAUAUAUUGCUGGGGUGAAAAUGGAGAAAACUGAUAUUUUUCUUGGGAAGUUUCCAUUUGUAUCAGCAGCUAUUUUAGCCCUGUAUGUCUGCCCUCCUGGAUCCACUCAAGAAUUAGAUAAUCUUAAAUGUUAUGAGUAGAAAUUUGCAGACAUAUUUUUGUAUCUUUCAAGUCAUUCCUGUUAUCAGCUGGACCAAAUUCACCCUUCAUUUUUGGUUGUGCUCUUCCAUCUAUGUCUAUGAGUUUGCAUAGUGAAAAUGAAGACAAAAUGGGCUGUGCAUUUGUCCACAGUGUUUUAAAUUGCCUGCUGCCUACCAGAACAUGCUAAGAAUGAGGGAGACAAUUAGUUACCAUAUUGUGCUUCUAUUCAUACUGGUAAUAUUUCUAUAAAAAGAUAAAGGGCAUUAAUAACACUGAAAUUUCUGUUCCUCUGGGUGUUGCAUGGACUGCUUUUUCUAGGGCAUUUGGUAACAUAUCCUUUUCCACCACCUCCUUUUUAUUUCCCUUCUUCAUUACCCUGACUAGUUCGGAUAAUUGAGGUUUUACAGCACAUAAUAAUCAGUGGGUAAAACAGAAAAUGAAACCUAUAAAAUAUACUCUCUAAAUUAUACUGCUGCAUAUGGCCUGAAGAUGCAGGUUUAAUGAACACAUUUGGAAAGACCUCUGCAAAUGUGAGCAUUUUAGAACUUCUACUUUUUAUCUCAAAUCUACACAAGCUAAGGCUUCUCAUGGGUAGUAAAAAUUAAUGCGCGUGCACACACGCACACGUGUCAGCUGUACGCAUGAGAUGUGGUUUAAGGAAGCAAUACACCCAGCAUUACAUGCAACAUCAGGAUAGUUUAGUGUCUCCCCCCCCCCCCCCCCAUAUAAGAGCUAGAGCGUUUAGACAUAAAUAAUAGUUGGUUUCCCCCAAAUGGCAGACUGCAGUGAUUUCAGCUGUUUCUCUGUAUGCUGAGGUAAGGGUGCUCAGCAAGUCGUAGAAUCGGGGCCUGUUUCCAGCUGCAUGCAAAAGAGACCCACAAGAUGUGAUUUUCUCUUUUGAAUUUUUGAUUUAGUAAGGAUCUGUGGAAACAAAACUUGCUGCGGCUGUAGCAAAGGGAGUUUUACCUAAAUGAAGCAGGACAAGGGCCUGCCUAGCUGGCAAGUGCUGCUAGCAGUGCAUUCAAUGCAGUUGUGGGCCAGGCCCUACUCUUACAAGUUUUUUAGCAAGUUGAGAUGUAGCAUAAAGGUGUGGGGCUUUUUGUAUGUUUGGUUGUUUUUAUUUUUAACUUUGCUUGUCACUAGAACAGACCAAUAUAUUCUUUUUAACUGUGCAAUUUUCUGUAGUUCAGAAAAAUAUCACAACUGUUCCUCCAUGUGUCUGUGAUUUUAAAUCAGACCAGGGACACUGUGCAUCUUUGUUUUGUAGCAAUGUUUUGCAGCGUUACUUUCUGACUGGGUUGACAUGAGCUGUGCAUAAAAGCCCACAAGCCUGCCCGCAAUCCACAAGGUCACUGUGAAGCUGCUGAGUCCCUUUUUUUUUUCUUCCCAAGGGGAAAAGGGAUGCUUCUUUUCAUUAGGAGAAAUAAUGACUAUUGUUGCACUGCUAUCCCAGUGAAACAAGAAAGCUAUUUUGGAACCAAUGUGAAAAAAAUCCUAAGUGCUUAUGUGUAUGUUUAAAAGGACGUAUUUGCUUUAAAUGCUUUGUGAUCGGGAUACUGUCCUGGGAAUUCAUAAAACCAUCGUUUAAAUUAUUCACAAAUUAAACACCACAGUUUUCUGUUCCCAGUGCAGAUACCAGCUCAGGAGUGGAAUUUCAAUAUAUUCAGACUGAAAGGUCCAGACCACAGUUUAGAAUUAGGCCUGUCCAUGUUUAGCUCUGCUUGCGACUGUUAGUUCAGUGCUAUGGUAGAAAAAGAAUUGUCUGCUGAUUAGACAGGGUGGUGUCUUUGUUUGCUGACUACACAUUUGUUAAUGUUUUUUGGAAUAACAUAAUAUUGGAAAUGGAGAUACACAGUAAUACAAAAGAAUAAUGGGGGGGGGAUAAUGUUUUCAUGCCAGUGUUUGCAAUUGGAAAAUUCUUAUACUUGUACCGCAGGGCCCAAUCCUCCUCUGGCAUACAUCAUUGUAGCUCCACAAACCUGUGGUGGAGCUACCUGGGUUUACAGCAGAGGAGAAUUGCAACUGAGGUGUUUUGCACUAGUUUUUUUUUGUUACUUUACAGAAUAAAGUGACAAGCAGCUAUGUAAAGCCAUUGCCUCCCUUCUACACACACAGAUUUUCAAAGGUAAAGAAAAAUGGUUUCUGUAAUAUGAGCACUACAGAUGUGGAUGUGAUAGCCAAAAAUGAUAGCAAACCUCUGAUUAGUGUUUGGGCUCCAUCAUCAACAGGGUAGAUAAAGUAUAUCAGUCUUCUAUCUCAUUACAAUUCCAUCAGGCAUGGAAUAUUUUAUUAUUUUGUUCAUCCUGUAAAUUGCACUUUCUUGUUAAACACAGGAGAUAUGUCUCCACACAAGGAGAUAUGUCAGUAUGUAGCAAAGCUAUAAUAAUAAUAUUGUUUAUUAUUACGUGGGUCUAAAACAUUCCCAUUCUUUAAGUGCAUAGAGGAGGCAGCAGACUUGCUGGAAAAAGCAGUACACCGAAGCUCUGGUCUGCUUUGCUCCAUUGGCAGAAACAGCAUGUUGGGCAUACCAAGCCUCGUUCUGUAGCAAAGGGCUUGUUUGCUGUCCACCAAGUCAGAUUGUCCACAUGGGUGCAUGGCCAUCCACCAAACCCCAAAGCAGCUUUCUCAUAAUGAGGAACAAGGGAGGGUAUUCAGAAACUGAAAGAAAUUGGGGCAUUAAAGAAAUGGUAGCAGCACUGUUCACAGGCCUUACGCAGCUGUCUUUACAUGUAGUGGUUACGCAGCAGAAGGGAAACCACAUCAGGAAUCCACAAAAUAUUGUAACCUCAGUACGCUGAUAAGUAGAUACAACUACGUCUACCUGAGCCCUCCUCCUUCCCCUUAUCUGAAUAUAAACUGCAUACAUGACUCAGGGCCAUAUAUUACUCAACAGCCACAGCCUAGCUUCCACUGGUACCAUAGUGUGACCAACAUAUACAUUAGGGAAGUAUGCAGUUCAGAAUUUUACCAUCCAAAUGUGUCCCAUGUGCAAAUGGGACAGAGCAGGUUGCAGGACAGCUGUUGCACUUGCAUUAUGUUUUGUACAAACAUGGAAAUCAUCUCUCAGGUAUGGAUCAUUUCAUUAAAUUCCUUUCAGCAGCACCUGGAGAAGGUUGUUCCACUUGGGCAAGAGAGCCAUGAAAAGAGAGGUUCUACAUGCUUUUAGUUAUUUUCAGGAUUAUACAAAUACAGUUUUCUUCUACUUAAAGCAACUCCUCUGCAAACUAUCGUAAGUACCCUUCUUUAGGACGGAAUCGGUUUCCUGGAAAAUCUGUCAGCUUGCCACAGUAGAUGCUUUAUAAUUCCACCAUCAUCUUUUGGGUCUUUGUUAAUAGGCAUUGGGGGUGGGCCUUAAAAUCAUAGAAAUGUUUGGCUGGAAGUGACCCUAUGAUACUGUCUAGUCCACCCCCCUGCCCUAGGACAGGAUCAGGACUUAUUUAUUCCAAAGCUUGUGAACUACUGUGAGAAAUGAUUUGCUCAGUUCAUGUGGCAAAUUCAGCCAAGGUCAACAAAGUUCCUCCUGAGGUUCAGAAGGUUUAUCUUAUACAAGGUGCUUUCUUUCAGGUAUUAGUUUUGCUUUGCUCGUAAUGUUGUGAUGCCAUAGAUUCAGUUAAACUCUGUGUGAACAAAUUGGUGUGCUGAACCAUUUGGUUGUCAACUGUGGAUAUUUGCCAUAUCAUCAAUAAAAGCUGGUGCAUAUAUAUGUUUUAAUAGCAAAAGAA